AUGUACUCUUGCAUUUCCAUAACUUCAAAAGAUAGUAUUGAAGAAUUCUUAUCAUUAUAUCAUUGUAAAGACUCUCAUAAAAAAAUCCUUUUAAAAAAAGAAAGAGAAAUAGUUAAGUACCUCAAAUCGCUAGGGCUCUAGAUGAAAACAGAUCCACUAAUGAAAUUGUAACAGAAGAAUAAUAAGUAUUCGAUUACAUUUAUUUAGCCCAAUAUUCCAAUGUGAUAACUCCUUCGAAUAUGAAACAGUAAUUGAGAAAAAGGAAUUCGAAGAUGACGAUGAUGAUGAUGAUAAUGAUAAUGAGGAACUUAUUGUAGCUAACAAUCCUCUUUUUAAAAAAAGGACCAGCAAAAAACUAAUUAGAGUUUUUUCUUUCGAGAAAAAGGAUAACAACUAAUCUGAAGAAGAUGAAUAGAACUCACCACUCUAAAUAACUUGA